AAGAACCCUGGCAACCCUCAUCACAAAACCGUCAGUCGAUAUCGCGCGCGAGAGGGGACGCGCGUUCGCGGCAAAAUAACUCAUCGCACAAAUAUCGGUUAAACACUCAAAAUGCCCAACAUUAUCAACGAGGUUAAAUUAGACUUUAAGGAUGUACUCCUUCGGCCUAAGCGAAGCACGCUCAGAAGCAGGAACGAUGUGGAUCUCCACCGGGAGAUCACGUUCCGGAAUUCCGGACAGACGUACCGGGGAGUCCCGGUCAUGGCCAGCAACAUGGACACCGUCGGGACUUUUGAAAUGGCGAGGGAAUUGUCGAAGCACGGCCUCUUCACAUGUAUACACAAAUAUUACUCGAUAGAUGACUGGAAGAAAUUCGCAGAAGAACACGCAGAGUGCUUGGAACACAUGGCCGCCAGCUCGGGCACUGCCGAAGCAGACUACAACCGUCUGACCGAAAUUCUGGACACAAUAAAGGACCUCAAAUUCAUCUGUCUGGACGUUGCCAAUGGAUAUUCGCAACACUUCGUCGAGUAUGUGAGGAAAGUGCGGGCGGCGUAUCCGAAACACACCAUUAUUGCCGGCAAUGUAGUAACUGGAGAGAUGGUAGAAGAAUUAAUUUUAUCCGGAGCAGAUAUCAUUAAGGUCGGCAUCGGUCCUGGUUCGGUGUGCACUACCCGCAUCAAAACCGGCGUGGGCUACCCGCAGCUGUCCGCCGUCAUAGAAUGUGCCGACGCUGCGCAUGGCCUCAAAGGACACAUCAUUUCCGACGGCGGCUGCACCUGCCCCGGCGACGUAGCCAAGGCCUUCGGCGCGGGCGCUGACUUCGUGAUGGCGGGCGGAAUGUUCGCCGGCCACGACCAGUGUGGGGGGGACGUCGUCACCAAACCUGAUGGGAGGAAGGUGAAGCUGUUCUACGGGAUGGCUUCUGCGACUGCUAUGGAGAAACACUCGGGGGGUGUGGCGGAUUAUAGGUCUUCUGAAGGUAAAACCGUAGAAGUAUCCUACCGUGGCGACGUUGGCGUCACCGUGAAGGACAUCCUCGGCGGGCUGCGCUCGGCGUGCACGUACGUCGGCGCCGCCAAACUACGCGAGCUGUCGCGCCGCGCCACCUUCAUACGCUGCAGCCGGCAGGUCAACGACACCUUCUCAUAAUUUAUGGGGCCUUAGUACUCGAUCCUUGCCAACUAUCUACGUUUUUUUCAUCUUCAACGGUGGCAGAUGUCUAAAUAUUUAAAAAACACAUUUCGUAACUGACUUUUCGUAACUGGUUACGAAAUGGGACCAGAAAUAUGCGUACUUACGUUAUGUACUAAAGCUCUGAUUUCCUAGGACAGCGAUGCCGUCAUAUAGACGUCUCCAUACAAAAUACUACUCAUCCAUAUUUAGCCGUAGGUAUUAUUUUGUAUGGAGACGGCCGCUAUAUGAAGGCACCGCUAUUCUAGAAAAUCAGAGCUUAACCGCAACACUCUUAUCUGACCAUCAGUGCAUCUUGUAUUUACAGUUACAAAUUGUCACGCAUUAUGUAUUAAUCAAAACAGGCUAUGAAACUUAACUGAAUUUGGCAAGGGCAUAGACAAUUUUGCUUUUAAUUUUAAACUUGGUGAGUUAAAUAUCUUACUUCUUUGUACAGGUGGUAAGGUUUUUCAUUAAAGCUAAGCUGCGCUAAGUAUUUUUUCUUACAUUUAAGUGACACAAAGCUUUUAGCUUAGCUUGGCCGAUUUUAUAUAGUCCAGCUUAGUUCUGAUAGAAAACCAAUCUAAUUGAUGUAUCACAAAAAUGCAAACACAAGUACUUACAUACUUACUUCGUUGUAAUUUGUUUAAAUAUAAAUGCAAAGAGUAUUUUAAAUUUAAUUGAAUGAUUACAGCUGUAGCUUAAAAUGAUUUUUCACACAAAUUAAGUGUUGUAAGUGUUUGGACAAGGUCUGUUUUGAUUGUUUUUUUUUAGGAUUUCGUAGCCAAAUAUUUUUUUACUAUUCUACUGGUGCUAACACUUGAGUUUAUUUAAGCGGCCUUGCCCAACAGUUGGACUUGAGCUAGGAUAAUCAUACUAUAACUAUAAAAUGGGAAUCGACUAUGACGCAUAGCACAUUUAUUCAAACCUUAUUCCACAAAAUAUAUACAAUAAUGUGCAAAUAGCGGACUUAAUGCGAAAUGGCAUUCUCUACCAGUCAACCAGCGCCACACCGCUGACACAUACUUACAAUUGGUGCAAAGAAGAUUGGAGAUAUAAAUAGAAUGGCAAUGAAAAUUCAAAAUUAUUUUUUUCUAGAUGUUGGCUGCUGAAAUAUAUACAUAGAUGUUGGUAGAAAAUUUGAAGUGAAUGGUUACAAACAACUACAUAGAAUAGGUAAUAAUUGCCAACAGAGUGAUCAUUCGCAAAAACACUCAUAUGAGCGAAUAUGUACCUAUGGGUGAAUGUGAUUUAAGUUCACGACGCUUAAGUUACUUAUAGGUACUUUGAACUAAUAGGUUUAAUUAAAUUAUCAGUGCGAAAAUAACAGUAACUAAUUUCAAUAUUCGUGCGUUACUUAUAGAUACUCCAUAACGCGUAGGUAUUUGUGCGUUAUGUGUGCCGUAGUAGAUUUUCAUAUUUACCUACUGACUAUAUAAGCUCUUAAUCUACUUAUCUCACGAUCUUUCUACGAUCGCUAAACAUUUUCGCUAGCUAGAACAAAUUAAAUAGCCUAGAAACAAAUAAAGUGCACUUGCUUUAAUCUGUACUUGUAGGUUAUGUAAUGUAACUAUAAAAAAAUAGGAAAUAUCUUUAAAUAUUUGUGGAUUAUUUGAUCCAUAAAAUUAAUGUCAAUAUAUGUUAGGGAGUGGAUCAGCUACACUCUAAUAAUGAGAACUAAAAAUUUACUACUCCAGAGCACACAGUCGCUGUGGCCGAAAUCGGUCAGGAAAGCAUCAUCAUACUCGUAAAAUUAAUGUUUGGAUUAUUAACCAUCCCAGUAGCUUCCAAAUCUUUCAAUAUUUUCAAUACUAAGGGACUUUAGUAGCAUUUACCGUCCACUUGCGGAAAAUAUCUCUUCCCUUGUGUAGAAUCAAUUAUGAUAUAGGUAAAAAACUUAAGUAAGUCACCUGUUGUAUGUAGUUGUGACGUGUUCGAAUAGACAUUUGUUUUGUUUGUGGGUGUCUUUUAAACAUGUAUUGUCUAUUCAAACACGUCACAACUACAUACAACAGGUGACUUACUUAAGUUUUUUACCUAUACCUAGUGUAUGGUGGGGCUAAAAUUUCUGCAGGAAAAAAGUCCUUUAAGCAUUUCAGAGUUUAAUAAACUAAGUAAUCGAACACUACAGACUUUAUUAUUCUCAGAUAAUUCAUAUUAUAACAGCGUAAAUGUUUGUGUAAUCCUACAUAUUACAUGUAUUAUAUUUAGAAGGAACAAGAAACCAAUAAUCUGGCAAUUUUAACAUUGUUCAAUUUAUAAUUAUAAUAUUACUAUUAAAAUAUUUUCCAAUUCAUACCAGACUAAAAGUUGGUUUCGUUUAGCAUAUUCCCUUUUCCUCAGUUUCCUAACACGUUACGGACUAGUUACGAAACUGCGUAGCGUGCGUGUGUAUAUGUGAUUUGUCGACGAUGGUACAUCUCACGACCUCCAAUUUAGUGACAUCAAGUCGUCUGUAACUGUCAAAAGUUUAUAUGGGUGCGUGGGUGAAUAUACCUACCCACAUUAUUUUCAGGUUAAUAUGUGCAAGGAAGUGUAAUUUUAAUAGUCAAUUUUUUAUAAAUGUAGGUGCCCUUUUAAUAGGCAAAAUUAUCUCGUUCCCUUAAUCGUUUUAAAUUAAGUCAAACUGGUUGAACAUGAGUGUUAAUGCUGCUGUAUCUUUAAUUUCCUGUGUCAGAAAAAGCUAGACUUUAUUUUUGAAAUGUCAUUUGAGUAAUAUAUAUAUUUUUAUGCGUAUGUUGUAUUACUUUUAUUAAUACUGUACUUAUGUUGAUUAUAUGAAGAAUGCACAAUAUACAAGUUAAAUAUUGAAAUGCUGAGUACAAGUUGCAAAAGAUUUUUUAAGCUAAUUUUAGUUUUGACUUAUGUUUUAUUUUUUAAGUAAACUCUAAUGAAAAGAUGGAUAAAAUAAGGCGUGGCUAUUUUAAAACGCUAUAUACUUAAAGAUAUUUAUAUUCCUAAUCAUCGUUUAGCAUAACCACGUCUUAAAUCGAUGUUUUCUUAAAAUAUAGUUGUUAGACUUA